CUGGUGGUAGUAUGAAAAGCUCAACCUCAGUAGCAUUCCUCUUUGAGCGUCAAAAACCUAUUAAAACAAGUGUAUUCCGUGCGAAUCCUUGAUUUUUUUCAAAAAAAUAGCCUUCUUUUAGUGUAUAGAUACUAGUUUGAAAAUUCUGUGCUUGUUACAUUAGACACACAUGGACGUAUAAACAGUUUUGUGAAAGACUCUUAGAACCUACUCAUUGUUUGUUAUACUUCAGAUAACUUUAUCGAUUUACAUUGUCGCCGAAUAACAGCACUAUGUCUGGCUCAUUUUCACAGUUGCUUUUAUGCAUGAUUGGCAUUUACGGAUCCUUCCUUUCAUGGGCUGUUAUGCAAGAAAAGAUUAUUACCAGAACCUACGAAGGAGAGAGAUUUCGUUGUCCGGUAUUGCUUACGCUAGCCCAGGCUAUGACAACUGUUCUAUGUGGACUUAUUUGGAAUUGGCUACACGGCGUACGAACAAAGGGCUUGGCUGCACCCAAAUUCCUUGGCUACUUUGCUGGUAUUGCCCUUUCCUCAAGCUUAAGCUCUUAUUUUGGAUAUGCCAGUAUGUUUCAUUUGUCUUACCCGACGGUGAUUCUUGGAAAGUCAUGUAAGCUUUUGCCUGUCAUAGCUCUUCAUGUUUUUCUCUACAAACGUAGAUUUCCUCCUCACAAAUAUUUGAUUGUUACAAUGAUUACUUCUGGAGUCACUAUAUUCAGUUACUUCCAAAGCAGUGGCUCAAAAAGUAAACAUGCUGAGAAAGAUAGUUUAUUGGGCUUGGCUCUUUUGUUUUUCAAUUUAUUUAUGGACGGGAUUACAAAUACUACCCAAGACAAAGUCUUUGGUAAGUACAAGAUGUCAAGUACCAAUAUGAUGAUCGCAGUCAAUUUGGGCAUUGCUAGUAUGAAUGCACUAUACUUAUUAUCACCCUUUUCUAAUCAACGGGAAGCUUUGACAUUUUUACAAGCUCAUCCUCCCGUUGUUCGUGACAUCGUAUUAUUUGCCAUUACUGGAUCUAUCGGCCAGUUGUUUAUAUUCUACACUCUAGAGAAAUUUGGUAGCAUUACAUUAGUCACGAUUACUUUGACACGAAAAAUUUUUACGAUGCUUCUUAGUAUCGUUUACUUCCAUCAUCCUGUUUCUUUACUUCAGUGGGUUGGCAUUGCACUCGUUUUCUUAGGAAUCUCAACUGAAGCUUCCUUGAAGAUUACAACUAAAGCCAACUCGAAAGAAAAGAAAAAAAAUUAGGAAUUGCAGUUUCUAUAUUUAUUUAUAACAAUCUUUAUUUAAUUAUAAAUAAUACUUGAAUACGUCCGUCAAGAAUUAAACAUUAAUCAUUGUG